UUUAUCGUGGGAUGUAUUAUUUUCUGCUAUCCAGGCAAAAUGGCUGACAAGCGUGAAAAAUCAAAUAGUACAUAUCAGUUUGCAAUUAAACUCUUCUUCUAUACAUGAAUAAAACAAUUAAGUUGUUUAGUGUGGCCCCGUCUUAUCUAAGAAACGGUACUUUGCAUUUUAGUGAGUGCGACUGCAAACAAUACUGGUUGUCCAAGUUAUAAUCAGACUACAAAAUGGCGGAUGCUAAAGCGAAAGGGACGAUUUCAGAAGAAGCAAUUGAAAAGAAGAUGAUGUCAUUCAAUAAUUCGCAAGACAGUGUUCAAGCGAUGUCAUUGUGGAUAAUGCACAAUAAAGCGCACCACCAAAAGAUUGUUAACACAUGGCUGAACGUUUUAAAGAAGUGUGAAGUGAAGCACAAGCUAACGCUAUUUUAUCUCUGUAAUGAUGUGGUUCAGCACGCCAAAAAGAAGAAGGCAUUGUAUUACUUGGAAAACUUUAAGAACAAUUUGCGUGAAGCAGUUGGUGUUAUUAAGGAGUAUGAUUCUAUCAAACCAAAUAUUGGAAGGGUCUUCAAGAUAUGGGAAGACAGAAAAACAUAUGAUCCAAAGUUUGUUGCAGAGCUGAGAACUAUUCUUGAUGGUGGAAGCACCAGCAAGAACUCCAGUGCGAGCGGCACCCCUGCCACUGCCUCCCCAGCCUACCUUCCCAGCUCCAAGUCACGCCACAAGAGUAAGCGUAGUGAGAUGUCCGCGCAUGAUGCUGAGAUUCCCCCUGAGAGCCCGGAGGAGUCUGUACAGGAGGAAGUGCCCACAGAGGAGGUCAAGGUGUCCCUCAGUGACUUCAAGCCACCAGUUUUCUUGGAGCAAAUGAGUUCUUUGAGGAAGAUGGAGGGAGAUGUCACCUCAAAGGCCAAACAGCUUGCCUCACUGAGAAUAGAUGCAACAAAUAUAGAGGCUAUCAAACAGUUAAAAGAUCGUUCCCAUGGCAACGAGUUCUGUCGCCAGUUCGAGGAGUCGUGCAUCAAGAUAGAGGACUACGUGUCCCUGCUUGAGAGGGAGAUCACACAGAGGCACAAGGUGCUCUCCUUCUGUGACGCGGCCGAGGAGUUCUACUCUGAACAGUACCGGGAGGCCAACAUUGUGUGUAAUGCCUAUAAGAAUUUUGGCCAACGCGUGACAAACAUGAAGAAGCGAGUGGAUGACAUGAAAAAGAUCAUCCCGUCGACACCCAGUCCUGUCCCCUCCCCUACAGCUGACGCCCCAUCCCCGGGGAACACCCCGCCCCUCCUGAAUAUGGACGACAAUGAGACUGUGGACAUGGACCUGGAUAACGAGGACCCAGCAGCUGAUGUGAAGAAAGGUUCAGAGUCAACUGGGUCAGGACGGGCAUAUACAUCCAUGGUUAAAUCGAUCUCUCAGCCUAUUGCAAGUGUGACUGAUAUUGUGAUGGGCCAUAAAGAAGAUGAAGACAUGAGCAGUGCUCCAAUGAUCCAGGGAGUCCCUCCACCAUCUAAGAUUUACCAAGGCAGCAACAUUCUCGAGUCCCGGAUAGCCCACAUGCUUCCCUCCCUAGUACGUGGUGUGGGAGGGUCCACAAGCCAGCCUGCCUUCACCAAUCCUUCAGCACCAGCCAUGGCUUCAGAAGACUUCCCCUUGGCAGUCACACCUUACCCAGAACCUUCUGCAGUACCGGCAGUUUAUACGCCCUCGCGGCAAGAAAUUUACGGUGAAGCGAAAAAGGUUGAUGCUCCGGCGCCGUUGAAUGACGACACUGGCUCGGCUACGCCAGUCAUGGAUGAACCUGAAGAUAAGUCUCCACCACACGUUGUUGAGGCAAAAUCAAAAGAGAGUUCCGCCGUCAAAACGAAACCCAAUCCUAUAGACUUCCUUAGCCAGCUGCUGACAAAGACCACUAGCGCAUCGUCGAGUUCAAGUUCAAACUUUUUACAGACCUUAUCCUUGCUCACAAACACAGUCAAAACUCAAUAUCAGAGCAAAAAGGAGGCGAAUAAGGACAUGAGAUUUGAGGAGGAGAGGCACCCUCGACCCCCCAGCCCACCACCCCCUGUAGAACAUCAGUCCGCCCUGCCCAUGGAUCCCUCCCGGACUUGGUCUGCCUGGAAUCCAGCCCCCAACUCGCAGCCUCCAAUGCCUUUGCAGGAUCCCUCUUCCCCUCCAGUCAUUGGUCAGGCCAAACGUAAUGAACCAUCAUUACCACCCUUGCCUUCAGGGCCUCCAAAUCUGCCACCCGAGCCUAGAGCCCCUCCGCAGCCAUACAACCCCAUACACCAGGAUUUCUCCCUCCCACCCCCGUCGAUGCAGCCUCCAGGCUCUCAGGUGUUUGUUUCACCACCCCCUUUACCCCCCAGCUCAAAUCCAUUCUCAUCCAUGCAAAGUUCAGACCAGUUUUCAUCAUCAUCAAUUUCCUCAGUCCCCUCAUUUAAUUUGGAGUCAGUAACUUCAUCCAUAGCAGCUCCCACGACACUAGUGUCAACUGGUCCCAAUAAAGGCUUCAAUCCUCAUUCACAUUAUCCAUUUGGCAACGUUCCACCAAAUCACCCCCCGCCAUCGCCCGCCCAGCAAUCAUCUCCACGGUUCAUGCCCCCAGGGGGCAACCCCUGGGAACAGCCUAAGCCUAUGAUCCCAACCCCUCCUCCAGGCAUGCCCCCAAAUUUGCCCCCACCCCUGCAGUCAACCCCCCAGUUUCCGCCCUAUGGCCCACCCCCACCCCCUCCAGCUAGUAAUGCUGCGAUGAUACCCUCAUGGCAGCAAGAUCAGGCUGGUGGAGAGCGGUUCAAUCAAAACUCAACUGGUCCUGUGCAGUCUUCAGACUGGAACACUUCGGGGCAGGGAUACCAGCAGCAAGGUUCCUGGGAAUCGAAUGAGGAGAAAUCUGGCCCGGGUUAUCAACACCCCUGGGAUCAGCCACAGGAGUAUGAAGAUGAAGAGGAGGAAAAUGACUAUAACGAACCAGUGGUUAAUUCGCUGCCUCCACCUCCAAAAAAGAGCAUUUUGCGCAAUAGCAGAACCUCAUCUUUAAGGGAGGUUAUUCUGGUGGAUGAAAGCAACUCCCAGCGUGAAAAGUCGUCUGGGGGUUUCAGGAAGCCUCCGACUGGCAUUAAUUACAAUGUUAAUGACACUCAGUCUGAAUUUAUAAACAUUUUGAAACAGAAAUCUGGUGCAGCUGAUAAUCUCCCCCCUCCCCCGUCCUCUCGAACAUUGACCAACAUUACGGUGCAUUCUAACGAGCAGUCAGGGCAAGCUAUUAGUACGAUAGGGGUCAUAGGGUCAGGGGGUGGGAGGCCUGCAUCUGUGCAUUCAGACGACAUGGAAAUUGAGAAUGACAAUGAGCACGAGUACAUUGAAGCGGCUGACGAUAAUGACGCCUGGAACCGAAAUGAUCGAGAUAAUGGGCACCAUUUUAAUAAGGAACAGGAGUGGGCUGAAGAAAACAACCGGCCUGGGGUCGAUAACAGUUGGCACCAGGAGGCCCUGGGUCACGGUGACCCUGAGGAGGACUCGUAUACCAGGGGCCAGCGCUGGCCAGAGCAACAGAGACCUUGGCAACCCCAACCUAGGUUUGAGCAGGAGCCUUUCAGGCCGAGAGGCUUUAACCCUCGACCCAGGUUUCAGGAGAACUUCACAGGACCUAGGGAUAAUUUCAGGGCUGGUGCUGCACCACAUGAUCACUUUAUGGGCCCUUCACCGGGCAAAAGACCGUUCUUUUCGCCUAGAAACAGAAUGCCAUAUAAUAGAUAUUAGUUCUGCAAUGGCAAAUAAUGUAGAAUAAACAAAACAUUUUAAUUUUCCAUCAACAUAUUAUUGUGGCAGCAAGUGUUCAUGUGCUGCUUACUAGAAUGUACGAACUUGUCAUGUGUUAUUUUCAUUCCUAUGUCUUUUUAUGUUUUAAAUACCUUUCAUUGAUAAUACAUUUCAUGGUCAUUGUUAGUAUUUGGGCACAAUGUACAAAUGUAAAAUUUAUAUUGUUUUUAAUUUUAAUUGUUUGAAAAGUUAGCUGUUUUUACAGGAUGCUUGUGUUGAAAAUACUAAUGUAAUGUUACUGUUGAAGUUGUUAAACAAUGUGAUAGCUGCAUGUUGAAGCAAAAUAAGAACAAAAUAGGAAAUAGAAAUAUCUUUGUAAUAAAAGGUACUUAAUAUUUUACUGCAAAAAUAUUGUAUUUUUAUACUGGUAAAUUCUUCUAACAGAAUUCAAAUUUCAGUUUCUCUAGAUCUUAAAGUUGUUUGAAUAGGUAUUUAAAAUCAUUUGUUUCAUGUACUCUUUAUGCUUCUACCAGUUUACCGGAGUUCAGACACGGCCUAUGCUGUUGCUUUUAGUUUACAAUCAUUUAACAAUCAAUUAUUGUCUAUGGUUUUAAAGACGUUCAUUUUGUACAAAAAAGUUAAGGUUUUCAUUUUAAGAAAAUCUUACAACUUAUGUUGAUGGAUGUAUGAUCAAGUGUAUGUUUGCAGUAGCAAGUAUUGGAUUUGUAAUAUAUUCCAACUAAUGAACACUUGCAGCACAUGGCCAUUGUUGUUUUUGUUUGGUUACUAAGGUACAUUUUUAGGUGUUGAAUCAUGUGAAAAUAUUCCAAUUCAUGAGCACAUGAACCGGUACCGUACUGAUCAUAAAACAUUCGUGAACCAUCAGUGUUUUGUAAGUCUCUUUUGUUGUUGAUUGAAACUGAAAAAAUAAAUUUUUAGUAUUA